AUAUCGAGCAGCAAAAUCCCAAUUGUUCUCACGAAGUGCAUAAGAAGAAGACGAGAAGCGGAGGCGCGACAGGUUAUCAACACGCGUAGUCCAGCGGGUAGGUAUUGGGCCAGACAUGUGAACCAAGCCCUACAGAGUGGGGUCACAGACCGGGGCAACUCAGAGACUCCGACUGCAUACCUCAAGACUUGGUGUAAACCAUUGCCAGAUUUUCGUGCCAAUCUGCACCGAACUUGUUCAUUUCUGUACCGACACAGGCUUGGCACACGUGGAUUUCGCACCAGCUUCUUGGUCCCUGGAAAGCCACGACUCAUCCCCGCAUCUGAAUCAACACCAAAAGACUAG